AUGGAGACAUACUUGAACGAGAACUUUGGCGGGGUGAAGCCAAAGCAUUCGUCGGAGGAAGUGUUGCAGCGAUGGAGGGAUCUUUGUGGGGUUGUCAAGAAUCCCAAGCGACGGUUUCGGUUCACUGCUAACCUCUCCAAGCGUUACGAAGCCGCUGCUAUGCGUCGUACUAAUCAGGAGAAACUGAGGAUUGCAGUUCUAGUUUCAAAGGCCGCAUUUCAAUUUAUACAAGGUGUUCAACCGAGUGACUACACUGUACCAAAGGAAGUUCAGGCUGCUGGUUUUGAGAUCUGUGGAGAUGAGUUAGGUUCGAUUGUAGAAGGUCAUGACUUGAAAAAGUUGAAAUUUCAUGGUGGAGUUUCUGGUAUUGCGAACAAGCUUGCCACUUCAAGUACAAAUGGCCUUCCUACAGAUAGUGAAGCGCUGAGCCGCAGAGAGGAGAUAUAUGGAAUUAAUAAAUUCCAGGAGACCGUGGCUCGUAGCUUCUGGCUGUUUGUCUGGGAAGCACUUCAGGACAUGACUCUCAUGAUCCUUGGAGUAUGUGCUUUCGUGUCUUUGCUUGUAGGUGUUGCAACCGAAGGAUGGCCAAAGGGUGCUCAUGAUGGGCUUGGCAUUGUUGCUAGCAUUAUGUUAGUGGUGUUUGUUACCGCAACUAGUGAUUAUCGACAAUCUUUACAGUUCAGGGACUUGGACAAAGAAAAGAAGAAAAUUUCCAUUCAAGUCACGAGAAAUGGAUAUAGGCAAAAGAUGUCUAUAUAUGAUCUACUUCCAGGUGAUAUUGUCCAUCUUUCCAUAGGAGAUCAGGUCCCGGCAGAUGGGCUCUUCCUCUCUGGAUUUUCAGUGUUAAUUGAUGAGUCCAGUCUGACAGGAGAAAGUGAGCCAGUAAUGGUCACUGCGGAGAACCCGUUCCUGCUCUCGGGGACUAAAGUGCAAGAUGGCUCUGGUAAGAUGCUGGUUACAACUGUUGGCAUGAGGACUCAAUGGGGCAAACUGAUGGCCACCCUUAGUGAAGGAGGAGAUGAUGAAACUCCAUUGCAAGUUAAAUUGAAUGGGGUGGCAACAAUUAUUGGGAAGAUUGGCCUUUUCUUCGCUGUGGUGACUUUUGCUGUGUUAGUGCAGAAAAUGUUUGGGCGUAAAAUUCAGGAAGGAACACACUGGAGCUGGUGUGGAGAUGAUGCCUUGGAGAUUUUGGAAUACUUUGCUGUUGCUGUGACCAUUGUUGUGGUGGCAGUUCCUGAAGGACUUCCUCUGGCUGUGACUUUGAGUCUGGCAUUUGCAAUGAAAAAGAUGAUGAACGACAAGGCACUUGUUCGGCAUUUAGCUGCUUGUGAGACAAUGGGUUCUGCCACAACAAUAUGUAGUGAUAAAACUGGGACACUCACAACCAACCACAUGACUGUAGUAAAAUCCUGCAUUUGUAUGACUGUUAAGGAUGUUGGAAAGCCUGAAGAAUGCUCUUCAUUGGCCUCUGAAAUCCCAACUUUUGUUGUUAAAACUCUCUUACAGUCUAUUUUUAAUAACACUGGAGGAGAAGUAGUUGUCAGCAAAAAGGGAAAGCGUGAGAUUUUGGGAACACCCACUGAGACUGCCAUCCUUGAAUUCGGGUUAUCCCUUGGGGGAGAUUUUCAGGCAGAACGAGAAGCAUCCAAGCUCAUUAAAGUUGAGCCUUUUAACUCUACCAAGAAGAGAAUGGGUGUGGUACUGGAGCUCCCAGAAGGAGGCUUACGAGCUCAUUCCAAGGGAGCAUCAGAAAUUGUUUUGGCUGCCUGUGAAAAGGUGAUUGAUGCUAGUGGUAUGGUUGUGCCACUUGAUGAACAAUCGAUCAAUUACUUAAAGACUACCAUUGAUCAAUUUGCUGGUGAAGCACUUCGGACACUAUGCCUCGCAUAUAUGGAUCUGGAAACUGGAUUCUCCCCCGAUGAUGCCAUUCCUGUUUCUGGUUAUACUUUAAUUGGCAUAGUAGGUAUCAAGGAUCCUGUUCGUCCAGGAGUGAAGGAAUCUGUUGCUCUUUGCCGUUCAGCUGGAGUAACAGUCCGGAUGGUUACCGGUGAUAACAUAAAUACUGCAAAAGCUAUUGCUCGGGAAUGUGGAAUACUUACUGAUGACGGGAUAGCCAUAGAAGGUCCAGUUUUCCGUGAAAUGGGCCAGGAAGAAUUGCUUAAAAUAAUUCCCAAGAUUCAGGUCAUGGCUCGAUCUUCACCACUCGAUAAGCACAUGCUUGUGAAACAAUUGCGAACCACAUUCAAUGAAGUUGUUGCUGUGACAGGCGAUGGAACAAAUGAUGCUCCUGCACUUCAUGAAGCAGAUAUAGGACUUGCAAUGGGCAUUGCUGGAACAGAAGUUGCCAAAGAGAGUGCUGAUGUAAUUAUUCUGGAUGACAAUUUCUCCACAAUUGUCACUGUAGCCAAAUGGGGACGGUCUGUCUACAUUAACAUUCAGAAGUUUGUCCAAUUCCAGCUGACAGUCAAUGUGGUAGCAUUGAUAGUUAACUUCUCUUCUGCUUGUUUAACUGGAAGCGCUCCCCUCACUGCUGUUCAACUUUUGUGGGUAAACAUGAUAAUGGAUACCCUGGGAGCACUUGCUCUGGCUACUGAGCCUCCUAAUGAAGAACUAAUGAAGAGACCACCAGUUGGAAGGACAGGCAAUUUCAUAAGCAAUGUCAUGUGGAGGAAUAUCUUAGGACAAUCCUUAUAUCAGUUUUUAGUCAUAUGGUUUCUUCAGGCAUUUGGGAAAACUUUCUUUUUUAUUCGUGGCCCUGAUUCUGAUCUUGUCCUCAACACUCUUAUUUUCAAUACAUUUGUCUUCUGCCAGGUUUUCAAUGAGGUUAACUCCAGGGAGAUGGAGAAAAAAGAUGUUCUGGAUGGCAUACUGGACAACCAAGUUUUUUUGGCGGUUAUGGGUGCUACUGUCUUCUUCCAGAUCAUAAUCAUUGAAUACCUAGGAACCUUUGCAAACACAACGCCUCUCAGUAUUGUGCAAUGGUUUUUCAGUGUGUUGAUUGGAUUCCUGGGUAUGCCAAUUGCUGCAUAUUUGAAGGACAUUCCGGUAUAA